AAACCGACGGCCGCCGCCAUAUUGCGGAGCUGUCAGCGGCCACUUUCUGGCGCGUCUCCGGCAGCGAAGCUGUAGCAGCACCAGCGAGGCCCUGACGGAGAGGAGGAGGGACGGGAGCGAGAGCGCGCACGGGAGCGCGCACCUCAGCCACGCUCGGAGCGGCCCUGCAGCGCCUCCUGGCCGGCUGCGGAGGGGGCUGCGCGGGCGCCGUCGUGGUGGUGGUGGUGCGUGUGUGGCUCCCCGUCUCCCACCUCCGGCCCCGCCGCCGCUUGGGACCCAAUCCUCUUUCCUGGAAGCAGAGAGGAAGAGGAAAGCGAAGAGUUCGCCGCCCCCGGGCUGCCUCAGCCUCCGCAGCCGCCAGCUUAUGAAUGUGUUAAAUAGCACCAGUUCCAGUGCUUCUUGGGAGACCCCAGUGCUUGCUUCACUCCAUUGUCUGAUUUUUCCUGCCUUUGCUCUGAAGUUUACAAAGGCAUCUUUGAAAAGUACAAGGAUUGUGGUACAGCAGAUGAUUUAACUGAACCAGAAACACAGAAAAGGGGGGAAAAUGCCGAAACCAAUUAAUGUAAGAGUCACCACAAUGGAUGCAGAGCUGGAGUUUGCCAUCCAGCCCAACACAACAGGAAAACAGCUUUUUGAUCAGGUUGUAAAAACAGUUGGCCUACGGGAAGUCUGGUUUUUUGGACUACAGUAUGUAGACAGCAAAGGAUACUCAACUUGGUUGAAGUUGAACAAAAAGGUAACACAGCAAGAUGUAAGGAAAGAAAAUCCUCUUCAGUUCAAAUUCAGGGCAAAGUUUUUUCCUGAGGAUGUGUCUGAAGAGUUGAUUCAAGAAAUAACCCAGAGACUGUUUUUUCUGCAAGUAAAAGAAGCCAUCUUAAAUGAUGAAAUCUAUUGUCCUCCUGAAACUGCUGUUCUGCUAGCUUCUUAUGCUGUUCAAGCCAAGUAUGGAGAUUACAAUAAAGAGAUACAUAAGCUAGGAUAUUUGGCCAAUGACAGACUUCUUCCCCAGCGCGUUUUGGAACAGCAUAAAUUGACAAAAGAGCAGUGGGAAGAAAGAAUACAAAACUGGCAUGAAGAGCACAGAGGGAUGUUAAGGGAGGAUUCUAUGAUGGAGUACCUCAAAAUUGCACAAGAUUUGGAAAUGUAUGGAGUCAACUAUUUUGAAAUAAAGAAUAAAAAGGGAACUGAAUUAUGGCUUGGUGUUGAUGCUUUGGGUUUAAAUAUUUAUGAACAUGAUGAUAAGUUGACUCCCAAGAUCGGCUUUCCUUGGAGUGAAAUCAGAAAUAUUUCAUUUAAUGACAAAAAGUUUGUGAUAAAACCCAUCGACAAAAAGGCCCCUGAUUUUGUGUUUUAUGCACCACGUCUGAGAAUUAAUAAGCGGAUAUUGGCACUGUGUAUGGGAAAUCACGAGCUGUACAUGAGGAGGAGAAAGCCAGAUACAAUUGAAGUUCAACAGAUGAAGGCCCAGGCUAGGGAAGAAAAACACCAAAAACAGAUGGAGAGGGCACAACUAGAAAAUGAGAAAAGGAAAAGGGAAAUAGCAGAAAAAGAGAAGGAAAGAAUAGAGCGUGAAAAGGAAGAGUUGAUGGAACGGCUAAGACAAAUUGAAGAACAGACGAUGAAGGCCCAAAAAGAAUUGGAAGAACAGACGAGAAGAGCCCUGGAGCUGGAUCAGGAGAGGAAGAAAGCAAAAGAGGAAGCAGAGCGCCUGGAAAAGGAUCGGAGAGCUGCAGAAGAGGCAAAAGCUGCUCUGGCGAAACAGGCUGCUGACCAAAUGAAAAAUCAGGAGCAGCUGGCGGCAGAACUUGCGGAAUUCACUGCUAAGAUUGCACUUUUGGAGGAGGCCAAGAAGAAGAAAGAAGAAGAAGCUUCAGAAUGGCAGCACAAAGCCUUUGCAGCCCAAGAAGAUCUGGAGAAGACCAAAGAAGAGCUGAAGACUGUGAUGUCUGCUCCUCCUCCGCCACCUCCUCCGCCUCCCCCUGUAAUUCCUCCCACGGAAAAUGAACAUGAUGAACAGGAUGAGAAUAAUGCAGAGGCCAGUGCUGAAUUGGCUUCUGAUGGCGUUGUGAAUCACAGGAGCGAGGAAGAGCGUGUAACAGAAACGCAGAAGAAUGAACGUGUAAAGAAACAGCUCCAGGCCCUGAGUUCCGAGCUGGCCCAAGCCAGAGACGACACCAAGAAGACCCAGAACGAUGUCCUUCAUGCGGAGAACGUUAAAGCCGGCCGCGAUAAAUACAAGACUCUUCGACAGAUCCGGCAAGGCAAUACGAAGCAGCGCAUUGAUGAAUUUGAAGCAAUGUGAGAGCUGUUACUUUGCAUAUAUGUUCUUCAUUAAGCUUGAACCACCAGCAGAGAAAUGCAGGCCUUUCUGAAAGGAACACACCCCACCUUGCCAAAGCAUUUAUACCAGUUUGUGGUUAAAACUCAUUUCAUGAAAGCCGUUCAACAAUAAGGCAGCCUGUCCGCUCUGGCUCUCUGGGAGAGGUGGUGGUCACAUCUCCAUGAUCUCAUAUCACGUUUUUUUUUUUUAUUAUUCUUUGUCCUCUGGAGGAGUAGCACCAUCUUACUCUGACAAAGCUGUUAAGGAAUGAUUUGAAAGAACACUAGCUUUUACCUUAUAACUGGCCACAGUUUUUGGCAUGGGUGCACUUUGGAUUUUUCUUUUCUUUUUUCAUUUUAGUGAAUUUGCAAGAACUUGCUUAAUUUAUCAGGGGUUACGGGGUGUUGUUUUUCUUCUGUUAGGUGGAGUUCUUUGGUGUUUCACGUCCUGUCAUCAUUGAUGGUUUUCUUUGCCUGCCUGUUCACAAAGGUCUAGAUGGCAGGUAGCUGUUCCAGCAUACCUUUUUCCCCCCUUAAAAAAAAAAGUGGAACAUUAACCUGUAGAAAGUCUUUUGCUUAUAGGUCUGUUUUGCUGAAGUCUUCAGUUCUUCAGAUAAAAGUAGGAAAAUCGAGACACUCUUUAAGACAGGGAUAGGUAACCUUUGGCCCUCCAGAUGAACUACAACUCUCAUCAGCCCCAGCAAGCAUGGCUAGGAAAGAUGGGAGCUGCUUAGUUCAAUAACAUCUGGAGGGCUCAGGUCCCCCGCCCCUGCUCUGGGUUCUCCUUGCAUUUUGUAAGCUGUCAUAUGAAUUGCAAUGUGGGAAACCUGGACCUUUCUGGCAAGGGAGCAUAUGAAAACAUCAGUCCCAUGGAGGGGACACUAGCCUACCUCACUACGAUAUGCAUGAUGACUGGUCUUUCAAACACCAUAUAGAAACGCAAACUGCAUUAUGCUAGGUUUCUGCAUAGCUAAACACUACACAAAUCUAGGAGCCUUUACUCUUUAAAUAUUUUGUUCUAUUGCUGCAUAGAUUUGUAGUACUCAAACAGUGUUCAGCUGCCUUUUUGUUGAGUAAAAUUCUGCACCAUGUAUCUUCCAUUUUUUUAAAAAAAUGUAACCUGGAACUGGUAUAUGAUCCACUGAGAGGGUGUGAAACAUUUGAGCAUGUUUUCUGGGUCUUGGGUUCCUUUGUACUAAAUUAACGUUGCUCUGAGGCUCAUUUCUUAAUGAAGUCUGCAUAAAACAAUGCUGCCUUGUACUUGCUUUGAGGGCCCACUUACACAUCAAGGUUGUUCCUUCCAUGAUAACUGAAGAUGCAAGGGAAUUGUGCAUAUAUAUAUAUAUAUAUAUGCGCUUUUCAGGGAGUCCAGUCACAGGAAUUGUGGCAGAACAGGGGCAAAUGAGUUGUAUGAACAAACAUACAGGCUGAAGUUCAGCAUACAGUCAGGGAAUAUUGAAUGUAUGUUUAGACCUAUUGCUGAAUCACCCUUAUCUAAUGCUCUUUGGGAUGAUUAGUUGGCAUGUUGACUUUUGAGGACCAUGUUUAUGAAUGAAAUUAUGCACCAUUUUUAUAACUCUUUAAUUAGUAGUUGGGAGAAAGCCCUGCUUUCCCUGAGGAUGGUUCAGCUAACCUUUUGGUAUUAUGCACUUAAAAUUUACACUUCCCUAUUAAAAUUGCCAUUUUAUUAAAUAUCCUUUAAUAAGGAUUCCUUAUUGAACCUUCUUGAGGGUUGUCCCCCACCCCACCCUUAAAUUUAAGGGAGAUCUUGGAGAGAGGACAUCAUGAAAGGAACACAGAGACACUGGUAGCUGAUUUUCCUUGCACGGGUGUGCAAAAGCUGUGCACAUGCUCAAAUGUUUGCCCUGGGCACUUUUGCUUGCAGUCAGAGAAAUUGGGCAGAUGCCUUGCACAUUUUCAUGCAGCAAAUCAUGAGACCUAUAUGUCCAAAGUGUUCAAAAUAUUUUGCCAUAGCAAAUGGAAUGCAGUGUAUGGCUCUUCCCUGAAAUGUGUGUUCGUGCAUUGACAAUGCCAGACUAUCAGUGUAAGGGGGGAAAAUACGAGUUAGAUUUGCUGUUCAUAAUAUACAAUGUAUAGAUUAGAGUUUAAAAUGGAUCUAAUCCAUAUAUAAAACUGUGUGACUUUUUUCUAAGCAACCAGGAAUUAACAUCUGUAAUGAGGUUUUUCACUGUGAACAAAGUGAUGGUGAUGGUUGUCACCAAUUGUUGAGGAAACACAUAUUGAUGCAGAGGCAUUAAGAAAAUAACUUGGUAAAGGAAUUUUCAACACGCUUCCCCUCUUCUUCUUCCCCUCCCCUUCUUAGCAUCUUUUGUGUUGUAAAAUUAAGCUACAGUUAAUAACACCUAUUAUUUUGGAUAACAUUCAUUGGCUAACAAUAAAGAGACUACAGUUCAUUCUUCUGA